GAAGCCGAAGUGCAGUCAACGCUCAUUAAGACUCGGAUUGCCAAUCAUCAAAAUAGCUCUCUGACUUCGGUGUUGGCUGCUGUAGACCAGCUCACUAAGGAUACAAUGUCUGCAAUGCACAAGGUAGCUCUCAUUCAGUUAGAGGUCUCUUGUCACGGAUAUAGCCGUAUGCAGACCUGGAGGGGCGUGAAGGGAGCGUCCCGAGCUAAUCAUUUAGGACAUAGGUAUAGCCAAUCACGAAGGGAGCGCGAAGUCCUAUCUUCGCUCCAUCUAGGAGCGAUAGGAGCGACAGGAGCGACCUCCGCUCCUAGCGCUCUCUAA